GCAAAAAGGGAAGAGAACUCGACGCGACAAACAGCCCAGACUACAUCUACUCAAUGCUCUGCUCUGAACUGAAGAAUUAGCUCUUAUGUCUGCGCAAAGGCUGUCCAAGAGACACAAAGUACCGCUUGAUCAAGCAAAGGGCUUUUCUCCCAAUAGUUCCGCCAAGAGACAAUGCGUCGAGCAAGGGAAACUCAAAUCCAGUCCUACGACGCGCUCUGGUAGUGCAAUACAAGUACGAGAUCCUGCGAGUGCCAUCAAGAAGUAUCAAGGUGAGCCUCUGAUAUCGAGUGAUAGCGAGUCGGAGGCUGAAACUUCUCUAGUUCCUGCUUCUAAGGCCCCCACCGAAGCAUCUGCUGCAUCGGAUGUAGGGCCUAAUGCUGAGCCUAUGGACAUUGAUGACGAAGACGAAGAUGAACUUGCGGUCAUGUCCUUACAAGUGACCCCGAAAGACCGGCCUAAAACCAAGAAAUAUGUCGUCGGUGGCGCCAAUUCAGACGACGAGUCCGAUGCUCAGCCGUCCCCAUCGAAACGCACGUCAGCUAGGAAUGCCAACGUUCUUCGUCAGGUUCUUUCUGAGAAACCUGUACCGCCCGUCACGCGCAGGAGCACAUCUCGAACGCCAUCUAGACAAAGUCUACGGACAAGCCCAGAGAUUACGAAGACAGCUUCACUUGAAGAGAUAGAGACCAUUGCACCAAGGACAUAUACACCAACGAAGUCAAAGCUCUCUCAAGUUGAAACCCCUACAAGAGCGUCAAAGCGUCUGGACAAGGUUUUUGAAAAAGUCGCCAGACCAUUAAAGCAAACUGUGAUACCUGAUGUACACCCGUCUGCAGAACAAGUUGCCAGUCUCAAAUCUCAAAUCCUCGCCAAAGUCAAUGCAAAACAAGCUUUGCCGUUGAUGGAUCUCGACAAGCCAUAUGAGAGUGUGCAUGCUCUGCUCAAGGAAACAAUCGAGCGUGCCGAAUCCAAUUCCGCACUGUUGCUUGGUCCUACAGCUUCUGGCAAAUCCGUCCUCAUCAAGGAAGUUCUUUCAGAUUUACGAGAGGCAGAGGAGCCGUUCAUUACGGUGCAUCUUGAUGGCAACAUUCACACCGACGAUCGCAUGGCGCUACGUGCUCUAGCACGACAGCUACAACCAGAUAGCGAGCCAGACUCUAUCGCAAACGCAGACAUGAUGACGGCUCUGCUCGCCAUUCUCUCCCAUCCCUCUGAAUUUGGCGAAGAUGGGCAAGCCCUCUCCAUUGUCCUGAUCCUCGACCAUUUCGAGCGAUUCACUCAACACCACCGUCAAGUCUUACUCUACAAUCUGUUCGAUAUUGCACAAAGCAAGAAAGCACCUGUCUGCGUGAUUGGACUGACUGCGCAAGUUGAUGCGUAUGAGAUGCUCGAGAAACGCGUCAAAUCACGCUUCAGUCAUCGUAUCAUUCAGAUGGCGCCUCCAAACACGCUUGAUAGUUUCCAGGAGCUCUGCCUCGCUGGCUUGACUUGCGAGGGUGACGAGACUGUGUCAUCUGCCUACCAAGAAGCUUGGAAUGCGCAUAUGAAGGGAGACGCGCAACUUGCUCGGUUCAUGGCAUACGUGUACUACACAUCCAAAGAUCCCCGGCAAGUCUUUGCGAGACUCGCAUUGCCGCUCGCUCAACAAAUCAGCGAGACGACACCGUUCCUUGAAUUUUCAAAGUUCAUCCCAACGCUUGAUCAUCAACCGAGUAUCAUGCCUCUUUCACAGGGCAAGAAUGAAUUGAUUCUAGGGUGUUCCAUGAUCGAACUUGCUCUCCUCAUUGCGAGUUGUAGACUGGAGAUCAAGCAUCAAAAGAUUAGCUUUGCUACAAGUUAUGACGAAUACGCAACUCUGGCACAUCGGACGAGUACGGCACAACGCGCAGAAGGGGUUGUCAACGUUCGUGUGUGGAGCAAGAAACUCGCUCGUGGUGCAUGGGGCAGGUUGGAAGGUGCUGGCUUGGUUGUUCCAUUGCAUGCGAAAAGUGCAGCGACAACAGGGGCAUCAGAGUUUGCGGCGGUUCGGUGUGAAGUGCAUUUGAUGGCAUUACAGGUCAUGCUCAAGGAAACAACACUCAUCAAGCAUGCCAUGCAGACGUGGCUCAGAUUAUAGAAGCAACAAGAGGCAUCAAAAGAGGCUUCAUCUAGAGUAAAGAAAAGAGUGUGAUGCCAAAGAGGAUGGUCAGACCAAGCACUGGCAUGAUUGUCCAUCCAGACCAAUAAAUGAAGAAGAGGAGUUCCACGCCCGAUAGAGCAAACAAGAAGACAGCAUAACCAAGUGGUUGCCUGCUGGCUGCUUUUUGCAUGUGGUUGAAGUUGGCGCCAAGAAUGCCGAACCAGCCCAUCAAGAGCACCAAAAAGGCCCCUAGGGCAGCCAACGCGUACAAGCCGGAGAGGAAGACGGGUGGCAUUCGCUGGUCGGGCUUGAAGGUGUGAUGAAUGGU